AUGUCGCCGAUCUUCGAGCUGGGCGACGUUUCCUUCCAGUUUGCAUUCAACCCAGUGGCUAGCAGGAUGUUCUGGGGAGAUUAUUAUUCUGCGUCUGAAGAAGAAGGAGAAGAAGAUAAAGAUGAUAAUGCUGGGCCACAUGGGUCUCUUGGAAUAGUGGUGGAUACUUUUAGCACCUUCGUGCUUCGCUAUCGCAUCUUUGUCAAGGAACAGGAUGGCGAGUUCGUGCAGUGGGACGAGACCCGAAAUGUCAUCCACUAUGGCACUGACGAUGGCACACAUGGGCCUGUUGCAUUCGGCCCUGAUGUGCAUUGGCCGGAUGAUGAACCUCCUGCUUCGCUGGGCAUCUUCGGGUUGAGCUACGAGCAGCUGCUGCAGUCCCAGUGGGUGAUGGACGACACAUUGACCGUGAAGUUCGAGCUUGAAGUCCGUCCUGAAGAAGAGCCAGAUUCGGAAUCCUCGACCCCCGCCGCAGAGGUUCCCGAGCCCACGAUGGCCGAAGACAUGCGCGCGCUCUUGGAGGAAGGCAAUUGCAGCGAUGUGCAGUUCAUGGUGCAAGAGGAGGUGAUCCAAGCUCACUCGCAGGUUCUCCGUGCACGAUCCGAGGUCUUCAGCAAGCAGCUGACUGCAGGCCUGCAGGAGAGCAUCUCGAAGGUCAUCGUCAUCGAGGAUUGUGAUGUCAUCACAUUCAAGGCCUUUCUGCAGUUUCUGUACACCGAUCGUUUGCCGGACGCCCAGGCGCCGAUUCUGGCUUCAACCUCAAGCGAAUCCGAGAAGGAGAGCUGUGACCCGCAGCUGUCACAGAUUCAGGUACUCUUGGCUGUGAGCCACAAGUAUCAAGUGAAACGGCUUCAGCUAUGGUGCCAAGCAAAGCUUUCCGAUGAAAUCAAUGCAUCAAAGGUCUGCAGCAUCCUCGUCCAGGCACAUCUCCUCCAGGCGAAGCAGCUGGAAAAGGCCUGCCUCUCCUUCAUCGAAAACCAUGCAAGUCAGGUGCUCUCACUGCCGGCUUAUGUUGACUUGAUCAAAAAGUGGCCUCAGAUCGGGGUGAAGGUCAGCCUCUUUUUGGCAGGUGUGUCGGAGAUGGAAGAGCUGGCAGCACAGGACACGGGAUAG